GACAGGAGCCCCUGACAGUGCCCGUGCCUGCCACUGAUCGCUGCCUGGCGUCUCCACAGCUCCGCUGGAUGUUUGCGCAGAGGACACCUGCCUCCGCCGGUGACUGCACCGAUCCGCGCGGCACAAUCCAGCUCGUUUCAGCCUCUCAACUUUUGACCGAUUUUCUUGCGGACACCUGUUCCAAGACUGUAUUUGAUUAGGGUGAAAAAAACGCUGUAGAGCCAGGCGUUUGACUACCAACUUGGGGCUUGAUGGCACUGUUAUUUUUUGACAGGUCUGGAAAGUUGCGCUGCGUCAAGGAGCAUGGUCGCAAACUUUAAAAGCUUAUAAUAAUCGAGAGACAGUUUUUAGAAUGAAUGCAAGUGAGUCACCACUUGCGUGAGAGGCGCACGGAGCUCCGGGGCUCUCCAGGUACUGAAAAGGAAAGGCGACACGGAGGAAGUCGUGAUCUAAGCGGCGGAUUGCGCCACGGAGGACGGAGGGAACGGACCGAUGAGUCAACAUGGGUCCAUUGUUGUGUGAUGGACGGCUGACACACCUCCUCUUUCCUCUACUCCUCCUUUUGCGGGCUCCCCUGUUGUUUAGUUUUGGUGAGCGCACCUGUCCCAACAGCUGCCGAUGUGAGGGGAAAACUGUCCAUUGUGAUUCAGCUGGCUUCUUGGAUGUCCCAGAAAAUGUCUCAGUAGGAUGCCAGGGCCUCUCCCUGCGCUACAAUGAACUGCACACCCUGUUACCAUAUCAAUUUGCUCACCUCAGUCAGCUUCUGUGGAUAUACUUGGACCACAAUCAGAUUUCAGCUGUUGACAGUCGAGCAUUCCAGGGGGUCCGAAGGCUUAAAGAGCUAAUACUGAGCUCCAACAGGAUCACAUCCCUGCACAAUUCAACAUUCCAUGGAAUUCCCAAUCUUCGCAGUCUGGACUUGUCCUACAACAAAUUGGAAAUUCUGCAGCCAGGUCAAUUCCAUGGCUUACGAAAACUACAAAACCUACACCUACGGUCAAAUGGUCUAUCCAACAUCCCAAUUCGUGCAUUCCUAGAGUGCCGAAGUUUAGAAUUUCUGGAUUUGGGCUACAAUCGAAUCAAGGCUCUUACCCGCACCACCUUUUUGGGGCUACAGAAACUGAUGGAGUUGCAUCUGGAACACAACCAGUUCUCACGAAUCAACUUUUUUCUGUUUCCCCGCUUAGCCAACCUGAGAUCACUCUAUCUGCAGUGGAACCGCAUUAGGGUGGUCAACCAGGGCCUUCCAUGGACUUGGUAUACACUGCAGAAACUUGAUCUGUCUGGAAAUGAAAUCCAGACCCUGGACCCAGCGGUGUUUCAUUGCUUGCCUAACCUUCAAGUUCUAAACCUGGAAUCCAACAAACUGUCCAAUGUGUCUCAGGAAGCAGUGUCUGCAUGGAUCUCACUGACCUCCAUCAGCCUUGCUGGGAAUAUGUGGGAUUGUGGAACUGGCAUAUGCCCACUUGUGGCUUGGUUGAGGAAUUUUCGGGGUAGCAAAGACACCACUAUGAUAUGCAGCAGCCCAAAGUAUUUACAGGGAGAAAAAAUUAUGGAAGCCACAAGGAACCAUGGUAUUUGUGAGGAAACUGAUUACAUUCUGACUGAAACACCCUCACCGAUGUCAGAGCUAAUUUCUGAAGCCACAGCUGAACCGACCUUUGCCCCUACUAGUGGCUCUCCACCUAUGCCACCAACCAGCACCUUUGGUCCUCUCCCACCAUUCAGACCUCGACCUAUUCCUAACCCUACCUUUCCAGGGCAUAUGAGCAAGGACCCAAGAGACUCAGUUUCCCGCACUCGACCCACUCUCAUACCACCCCCUGAGAUAGAGCACAUGACUCUGCACAAAGUGGUGGUGGGAAGUGUGGCACUCUUCUUCUCCAUGUCCCUACUCUUGACAAUUAUCUAUGUGUUGUGGCGGCGCUAUCCAGGUGCAACCAGGUUGCUGCAGCAGCGAUCCAUGGUGGGGCGAAAGCGUCGCAAAAAGAGUCCAGAGCCUGAGCAGAACCUGAGCUCCCAGCUCCAAGAGUAUUACAUGAGCUACAACCCUGCUGCCACACCAGAGGCACUGGAGGUGCUAGGCAAUGGCACUGGUUCCUGCACUUGCACAAUUUCUGGCUCCAGGGAGUGUGAGAAUGAGUAUACGUGUCCACGCCCCCUACCUGGUGCCUGGCUGGGAGAUCUGCCUACCAUCCAUUAACCAUAAAAAAGGAACUGCUUUGGAUGGUGCAGCAACAGGGAUACAGGAGAGAGACAUACAGUAUGCAGAGAACCCAUCAGAGUCCUAUUCCCAUAAUUCACAUUCACGGAUACAAUUUAAAUGGUCCUCCACGCUAACAAGGGCAACCACUGACAAGACAAAAAGGAGAUAAUACAGUUUUGUUCUUUUUCUCAAGAUUUUAUAUUGUCUUUUUUUUUUUUUUGGCCAGUUGUCUUUGGUCAUCAGCUUUGCUGCAUUCCAUCCUGCCUCAUCACUACACAAAUACUGACACAGAUGGUUGUGGAAAUGCUGUCCUAUGGUGAAUAGCAGACCCUUGGAAGAAGACUCAUGAGCACUAAUGAGGAUGGUUAUAACCAACAUGGGAGCUUAUUGUAUAGAUUAUAAUAGCGUAUUGUCUCCAUGAGGACAACAUGGCAUUGUUUUAAAUACAGGCAAAAGACUGUACACAUUCAAGAGGCUUUAAAAAGUGUAAACUGAGCAAUGAAUCAUUAAUGAAAAUGCAUUGGACAAGUGGCCCUGACCGCUCUUCUAACACAGGUGUGUAUUAUUUAAAGUGGGUUUCCUUAUUUUGAUUCCAUAUCAAGUAUCACGUUAUCAUCUUUCAGUACUUUUUGUUAAAGCAAGACUAAUCAAGACUAGGAUGGUGUAAAUGUGCCUCACUGGAGCAGAAAAAUUAUAAAAAGGAGUCACAGAGUUUCUGUGCACCUGUCAGUAAAAAGGAAUAAGCUCCAUCCGUUGGAAAUCAAGUCAGCAGCUGGAAGAUUGUUUGAUGCCUGCGAAAAAGUUGCCAGAGGAAAGAAAACUAUCCCCUAGCCAAUGACUGGAGAAGCAUUUUGUUUGCUUUUUUAAAAAGUUUUUUUCUAAGUUGUUUCUAAUUGCAAUCAAACCUCAACUAUGUAGUUUGAUUUGGAGGACAGAGGGGCAAUCAGAAGCAAAGGAGGGAAAAAAGAAAAAGCUCCUAGCAAGGGUAAAAUGUAAUUUUCUGAAAUUAUAAUGUUGUUAAUGUUGUACUUUAUGAAUAUGUGUUUCUGCCAUUUUCAACACCAAAUACCA